CUGCAGUCUGAAGCUAUUCCUUUCGACCGCGCCAGGCGCGCCAAAAGUUGGUGUGGGCGGAAGAACUCCAUGCGUGGCGGCGUGUCACAAUGGGCUGACUAUACUACUGUACCUCUCCUGCAAAGAAAAGUGACGAUGAGGUGUUUAUACUACUGUUGCGUCUCCAGGGAAGAAAGUGACUGCUUCGCGACGGUGUCAUGGACAACGCCUUGUCACAUGUCGCGUGAAUUAACUGACAACCGACGGCAGGAUGGGGGAAAGGGGGCAGUGGGGUCGUAUGUGGACGAAGUGUCAAGUGGUGUGGGGCCGCAAAAUAGACGCUUGCCUGACAUCCUUCCUACGGCCGCGUUUGCCUGGAGUUUGCGGGUAAAAAAAGAUCGAACAAACAAAGCAAACCGUUAAUCGAGGUUUGCUCUGUUUGUUCGGCUGGCAUUUUGUUAAAUUUGGCAAGUAUCUGAUCGGUACCAUCAUCAAAGGGCAGUUUGUUCCCCUUUCCCACAGUUGAGGAGUCAAGUAACAAAAUAUUGGAGGGCGGCUUCUCUGACACCCCCUUUCAUUCAUAUUUUGUUUAGAAUUGUACAACGCCAAAUUAAACUUUAUGCUUGAAUCUACAUCUAAA